AUGAAACCCCUAACGCCAAUUGGAUCCCCCUCGCCUCUGAGGCUUCUGAACAAGGGUCCAGACUACCUGCGCCGGCAGAUUGACGGAGGAGGUCACGGCCGCUCCAUUAGUGCCGUGGAGAGGCUUGAAGCUGACAAAGCCAAAUAUGUCAAGAGCCAGCAGGUGAUCAACACCAAACAAGAACCUGUGCUUGUUCCCUGCACCACCCCGCCGCCACUGCCACGGCGAGCAAUUUCCGUCCCCGGUAGCCUGACCCCACGGCUCCCCCCACGCCGGUCAUCCAACACCCCCUUCUCCACCCUCUCUGGCUCCUUCAACUCCAGAGAUGAAAAUGAAAACGAUGACGCCCGAAAGGAGAACAGGAGGACUUCUGUCGACGUUGAGGCACAUAACAGGAGCAAUGUGAACAAGGGGAUGCCGCCCAGCCCCAGGACACCUGGGAUUAACUCCUUGGUGGCGCCGCACAGCGCUCCCGUUCUCAGAAGGAGCACAGGCAAGCGCAUGCUGAGGCCGGACUCUCUGGUCAUCUACCGACAGAAGAAAGAGUGCAAAAGUCCCACCAGUACCACGGUGGGGGAAAACAACAACAACAUGGAAGUCAAGGGCUACAGCUUUGUCCGCCGCCUCUUCCAGGGGUCCAUGAGAGAGAAGAGUAGCGGAGGGGAGGGCAGGAUCCAGAAGAUAGUCAUUGGAGAAGAAAAAACGCCAUCGCGGGACGACGACUUCCGCAUGUCCUGGACCAACGACAAAGAUGCCAUGGACGGUGGACCAGGCAGCAGGAGGUCGAGUAAAACUGACCAGCAGCGAAGCCCAGAGUCCGUCCCCAGCCCUGGGCUCAGCUGCACGCUGGAACACUCAAAGGAUGACUUUACAAACGGCAAAAGGGACAAAGUGAACAGUGGUGUCGCCAAUGGCAACGACUCCACUUUCUAUCAAAACGAGGACGACCCGUGGAGGCGGGCGUCGCCCCCGGCGCCCAGGAGGCGCUUCGGGGAGCUGCGGCGCUCCAAGUCAGAGUUACGCCUGCGAUGCUCCGCAGCCUUAUCCGAGCAGGAGCAUUUCUUUGACUUCUGCGGACUGGACACGGACAUGAUAGAGCGUCUGGGUCGGGAGAACUUCCUCUCCGGCGCCAGCUCUAUAGACACGCUGUCGUUGGCGCUCCGUAGCGUGGGGGGGGACGGCUGUGGCGGCUCAGAGCCCAGCGAGUUCUCCCGCCACUCGGGAGACGGGCUGUUCCAGGAGGAGCUGGCCGAGCAGCUUCCCACCGGCGUGUCAAUCAUUGAGAGGAACGCUCGCGUCAUCAAGUGGCUGUAUGGCUGUAAGAACGCUGCUCGGGAAGGACCCAAAGAGUCUACGGUUUAG